AUGGCCGGCGCUUUAGACGAGUACUUACAGAUGUCGGAAAGAACUACGCGGGAAUGUUUGUAUCGGUUUUGCGAAAAUAUGGUGAAAUUGUAUUGCAAAAAAAUAUUUGCGGAAACCAAACGCAACUGCCCGAAUGCGUGGCGAGGCCAAUAUACGCGAGGCGACCACGGUCAUCCAACCUUAAUACUUGAGGCCGUGGCAUCUCAAGAUUUGUGGAUCUGGCAUGCUUUCUUUGGUCUCUCCGGUUCACUUGACGACCUCAACGUGCUUUACCAAUCGGCGAUCUUUAGCGAUGUCGUUAAUGGAACCGGUCCGGACACCAGUUUUUCAGUUUCUGGGGUUGAGUAUAGACGCGAGUAUUAUCUUGCUGACAGAAUAUAUCCGUCUUACUCUACAAUUGUCAAGACUAUUGCAUAUCCCGAGGACGAAAAAAGGAAAAAAUUCGCCAAGCGUCAAGAAGCUGCAAGAAAAGACAUUGAACGUUGA